AUUUUCAGGGCUAAAAUUAAGAAAGAUGCUUUGUUUUUCGAAGUUAUGAACGGGAAUCCUCCAAAAAGAACUAUUUUUAAUCACAUUUUUUCAGAAAAUUUGAAUAUUAAACCAUCCAAUCAAUUUAAUGAAAAUAUUCUAGCAGCAUGGGAAUCAGCGAGUCAAUUCUUUACUCCUGAAUUCAAAUAUAAAGAUGUUUCACCCAAUAUUAAAACAGCAAUUCAUAUUCUUUGUCAUCACGGGUUAAAAGAACUAUUACAAGAAAGUUAUGAGCAUUCAAUAAGGAUUCAUUUUACAGAAAAAUUUUUACCUAUUUUACAAACAUAUAAAAUUACUCAGUCUAAUUUUACGGAGUUUAUUGAAAAAUUGACAGAGGCAUAUCAUAUUUAUCAACGACCACUAAUAUUAACUCAUUUUGACGCAAAUGAAUCAUUUAAGCAAACAUUGCAUGCAUUAAUUAACAAUUAUAUUUCAGAAGAUAAACUUUAUUCUGUUCUUUUAGAAUGGUUAUCAGAAAAUAUGGUGUUUUGGGAAAAAAACGAAUCAAGUCCUCAAGUUACAUGUUUCCUUUCUACUUGCAAAAACAUAGAAUUAGUUGGACUACAAAGACAUUUGGAGAAAGCAUUUUCUGAAAGCAUAUCUCGAAGGCUAAAUAAACAUAUAAGAGAAAAAUAUUCUAAAAAGUGGAACAGAAGUGUUCAAGAAGAAAUUGUUCAAUGGACUAUUAAUAAAUUAGGAAAACUCACGUUUUUGGUUUUGAAGUUUGAUAUAAACAAGAAGGAUUUAUAUUUAAAAUUAGAAACACUUGCAUGUCACUUUCUAGCAAUAUUAAGAAUUGAUGAACUAUUCGAUAUUAUAGUAGAUUAUCCAUACUCUUCUGUUGCGCUAGAAGAUUUGAAACGAUCUAUGAAAUUAUCUCCUCUUAGAGAUUAUUUAGUCAAUUCGUUUCAAGAAUCAUGCAAAACAAGACUUUUGCAUCCAGGAGCAGAUACACAGGAUAUAAUUUCUCAGUAUAUAUCAACUAUCAAAUGUUUUCUUAUCUUAGAUCCUCCUGGUGUCCUUUUAGAUAAAGUAGCAAAGCCUAUUAGAAAACAUUUAAAAAAUCGAAAUGACACUAUCAAAUGUAUUAUGGUAGGACUUGUUGGAGAUGAAACAAGUGAACUAAGUGAAGAACUUGGCCAAGCUAAUCCAUCUUCUGUUCAAGUAGAUGAUGAUGAUGAUGAUUUUGAUAAUCUUAAUUGGACACCAGAUCCCUUUGAUGCAGCUCCUGACUUUCGAAAAAUGAAUAAUAAUGAUAUUAUUAAAAGUCUUGUCAGUAUCUAUGAAAAUAAGGAUAUUUUUGUUAGAGAACUUCAGAAUCUUCUAGCUGAAAGACUUCUCACUACUACGAAUUACGAAACUGAUAAAGAAUUACGAAAUUUAGAGCUUUUAAAAUUACGAUUUAGCGAAAACAGUUUGCAAAUGUGUGAUGUAAUGCUUCAUGACAUUGCAGAAUCUAAAAGAAUUGAUACAAAUCUACAUAAAGAAUUUGAUAAUGACACACCAAUACAUGCAAGCAUACUUUCUCAACUUUUUUGGCCAAAUUUUAAGGGAGAAACAUUAUAUCUUUCAAAAGAAAUACAGGGCUAUAUGGAUAACUAUGCAGAAAAUUUUGAAAAACUAAAAGCUUCAAGAAAAUUACAUUGGAUACCUAAUUUAGGCCAAGUGCAAAUUGAAAUAAUUCUGGAAGAUAGGACAUUAAAUAUGAAUGUUAGACCUGUACACGCAUCUAUUAUUUUACUUUUUCAAGAAAAGGAUGAACAAACUAUAAAGGAUGUAAUGGACGCCAUAGGACAAGAUUAUGCAGACUGUAGAAGAAAUACUCUUUUUUGGGUAAAAUAUGGGGUUCUUAAAGAAAUUUCAAAAGAUACUUUUAAAGUUUUAGAAUAUGCAGAAGCAGAACCAUCCAACAAAGCUCUUUCGGUUUUUGAGGAGUUAAUUUCAAAUGUUCAGGUAGCAGAAGAUCAUGCUUCAGAAGAAAUGAGAAUAUAUUGGUCGUUUAUAAAUGGAAUGCUCACUAAUCUGGGUCCAUUGACUUUAGAAAGAAUCCACUCAACAUUGCAAAUGUUCGUACCCCCUCCAAAUCUAUAUAAUCGAUCAAUUGAUGAAUUACGAGAAUUUCUGGCUUUAAUGGUAAAAGAAGAACAAUUGGAGUUUGUUUUAGGUCAAUACAAACUUAAAAAAUAAUAAACUAUUAAAAUAAUAAACUACUAAAAUAAUAUUUAUAAAUAUA